GUGUUGUGUGAUGACAAUCUAGCCACGCCUUAAACACAAACCCUUGAUAAGACAGUCACAGAUAAGUCACAGUCAGACAGGCAUCACAGAGAGGUGAAAUGGCGCAGAGGAGAGUUCAGCUGCAGCAGGAAAAAAUGUCUUGUUCGAUUUGUCUGGAUCCACUGAAGGAUCCGGUGACUAUUCCCUGUGGACACAGCUACUGCAUGAACUGUAUUAAAGCCCACUGGGAUGAGGAGGAUCGUAAGUACAGCUACAGCUGUCCUCAGUGCAGGAAGACAUUCACACCGAGGCCUGUCCUGGUAAAAAACACCAUGUUAGCAGAUUUAGUGGAGGAGCUGAAGAAGACUGGACUCCAAGCUGCUCCUGCUGAUCACUGCUAUGCUGGAGAUGAAGAUGUGGCCUGUGAUGUCUGCACUGGGAGAAAACUGAAAGCACACAAGUCCUGUCUGGUGUGUCUGGUCUCUUUCUGUGAGAAACACCUUCAGCCUCAUUAUGACUCCCCUGCAUUUGAGAAACACAAGCUGGUGGAGCCCUCCAAGAAUCUCCAGGAGAAGAUCUGCUCUCGUCAUGAUGAGGUGAUGAAGAUGUUCUGUCGUACUGAUCAGCAGUGUAUCUGUUCUCUCUGCUCCCUGGACAAACACAAAGGCCAGGACACAGUCUCAGCUGCACCUAAAAUGGCUGUGAGGCAGAGACAGCUCCAGGGGAGACAACAAAACAUCCAGCAGAGAAUCCAGGACAGAGAGACACCACCAGAGCCCAAGACCAGAGCUGAAUUCUUAAAAUAUUCACGUGAAAUCACUCUGGAUCCAAACACGGCAAACAAAUAUCUGUUAUUAUCUGGGGGGAACAGAAAAGCAAAAGUAACAGUUGAACAACAGCCUUAUUCUAGUCACCCAGACAGAUUCACUGAUCUGUGGCAGGUCCUGAGUAGAGAGAGUCUGACUGGACGUUGUUACUGGGAGGUGUAGACGAGAAGGAGAGAAGUUAAUCUAGCAGUCGCGUACAACAAUAUCAGCAGAGCAGGGAGGUCGAGUGAAUGUGUCUUCGGGGGAAAUGAUAAAUCUUGGGCGUUAUAUUACGGCAACAUGAGUUAUUACUUUUUGUACCACAAUGUCCAAACUCCCGUCUCAUGUCCUUUGUCCUCCAGAGUAGGAGUGUACCUGGAUCACAGUGCAGGUAUUCUGUCCUUCUACAGCGUCUCUGAAACCAUGACUCUCUCCUCCACAGAGUCCAGACCACAUUCACUCAGCCGCUCUAUGCUGGACUUUGGUUCAAUUAUUACAAAGACACUGCUGAGUUGUGUGAACUGAAAUAGACCG